GGUGGGCCCAAAUUUGUCGAGGCACCAGCGAUGCGGCGCCUUGACACGCAUCGCGGCGACUUACUGGCAACCCCUUUUUGCGACAUAACCAGCACGCCCCAACCCCUGUCCUUAAACCGGCUGCCAACCGCGACCGAAUCCCUGAAAAAUUUCGACUCGGUGCCGAGAAGGCUCGCACAGGACGACUGCCUUGCGCGCCCAGCCUUGCCAUCCUCAGCAUAAUAGACGCAUCCCCCACCUCCAGCGAUCCGGCCGGGCGACACCAAGCAUCGCCAGCCAAGACCUCCACCCCCACCAGCCAGCCCACGGGGCUCGACGGGCCGCCUGGAACUUGACCAGGAGGGGGCGCUGAACGGCCAGAGGAGGGAGGAAUAAGAAAGAGAGCGAGAGAGAGGGAAGGGAGGAGCGAAGCCGCGCAAGGGCCGCCCCGGUUCGAUAAAAAAGAUGGCGCGGAGACGCAGGCCGCCACGCGCCGGCGCGCUGACGGAGCUGCCGCCGCUCAGGAUCCUGUCGCAGAUGGCGAUCCUGCAGGCCGUCUACUACGUCGCGGCGCUGGUGCUCAUGCUCUUCACCGCCCUCGUCUACGGCCGCGCCUUCUCCCUCGACCUCCUCUUCGGCUGGGAGUCGGUGCGCGGCGACACCACGCAGGGCUGGCUGACGGCCUUUGUGUGGAUGCUCGAUGGCGGGCUGGUUGUCUCCCUCGUCCUCGUCCUCGUCGUCGUCCGCUCCAAGCUCGUGCCCGACUUCGCCAUAUCGCUGCAUGUGGUGCACCUGGUGGUCACCUGGCUGUACACGGGCCGCAUGCCGCGCCACCUCUUCUGGUGGCUGACCAUGGCCGCCUCGAGCGCCUGCGCCGUCGGCCUCGGCAUCUGGGGCUGCCGGUACCGCGAGCUGAUGCCCAUCAGCUUCGGCGGCAUCGGCGGCGGCGGCGCGUCGUCGUCCUCCGCCGCCGCCGGCAGGUCUGGGGGCGGGCAGGGAGGCGGUGGUGGCGGUGAUGCUGGCGACGAAGAACAGGGCUUCUCGAGAGGCCGCGGCCGCGGCAGAGGCAGGGACGGCGGAGGAGAGUACGAGAUGAUGAACAUGAAUGGAGGCAACGGAGCGAAAUAGACGUUUGGGGCUGCUUUGUGUAUACUUGUAGCCCCGUGUGUAAUAUGAAAGGGGCGGCUGGCAUUUUUUUAUUUUCUCCCGGCUACUUGUGCCGUUCUCACACCAUGGUUCGGCGUUGAUGGCUACCGCGCAGGGUCCGAGUGUCGAACCCGCCCAAUAGAAUAUUCUUUCUACGAGGUCUCUGCUGCUCGA